UGAAAAACGAACCGCGAAGUGUGACAGUCAUACCGAUCAUCUCACUCUCGAUGUCACCACAAUAUUCGGAAACAGAUUAUUGUGUGUGAUGUGGCAAAACAGUGCAACAUCAUGCAAGUGGUUCGAUUCUUCCCCGAAAUAUUUUUCAUCUGGAUUAUGAUCGGAAAUGUUACAUCGUUUAGAAUAAGGGAUCCAAGAAGGAUAAUGACAGCUGGAAACAAUCAAGAACACAACCAGAACUACCAAAACCAGAACUAUCAAAUAAACCAAAUCGAUGACAAUUUUUUCCUAACAACUGCUGUUCCUGAUUCUCUACCAACUUCGACACCUGGUAUAACCAUCGACGAAAAUGCAAUGCUUACAACACUACCCAUAACCAUAUUAACAUCCGAGAUCACUGAACCACUAACUACCACAUCUCAAAGCACCUCAAAACCAACCACUCAUCAAACAACAACUGAAAUACAAGAAGAAACAACAGUUGUCACUACACUUUUGACCUCAACUUCUUCGUCUUCUUCUGCAACAAUUUUCUCUACCCCAGAAUCUAGUGUAUACACAUUACCCACGUCGUCAUCUACCUCGGCCGAAACUAGUUCAGCUGCAACUACAACUAUGGAGCUAACCUCAACUACGUCAAAUUUGGAUUUAUCCUCCUCAUCUUUAGCUUCAACUAUCUUGAGUACAAUGACAAUUGCUUCAAACAAACCUUCAACAGUACCAGUCACUGAAACAACUUCAGAAUCAAGAACUUCUACCUCUUCUCCUACUGAGUCUGACAGCUCAGAUGCUAUAAUAUUUCCGGACGAGGAUGACAAUGUUUCAGACACAUAUGUGACUUUUCCUCCUCUUAUUUAUCAACUCAUAUCAUCUCAAGGACAGCGAUUUGGUUAUGCCGUUCCUGGAUUUGUUAUUCCCUCAGAAAUCAAAAUCUACGUGAACUUUCCCAAUUCGACUAUAUUUGUGCCUGGUGUUAUUCAAGCAACUGCAGAUACAUUAACAAACAAAACUACCGAUAAAGAGGCACCCAAAGAGGACUCAUCUAACAAGGCACCAUCCGGUAGCAAAAAUAUUACUGAAAACACUGAAAAACAAGCCGCAACUAACACAGAAGCACCAAACAUACAAAUACAUGUUGACGGGGUAUCUGAGGAAAAUACCUCAGGUGAAAAAACACUAAAAAUAUAUUACUCAAACAAAAACGCACAUAGUAUACAAACACCAAAUGACGAAGCACGUAAGGAAAAGCAUGAAAUGGCCACAAAUAACAAGGAAAUUCUCACCAGCGUAACAACACUCACUGAAGAAACAUUGGACACCACCUUAUUCACAACACACGACUACGAAGUACCAAAUAAUGAAGAAGCUAUUAUACAAACACAAAGCACUACCAUAAGCACUGAUAUUUUGGUCACGCUAUCACCUAACACUGGAUCAACAAUCACUGAAACUGCAUCAAACAUUAUUAUAAACGAUUUUAUAGAUACCUUCAAAGAAAAUAUUGACUUAUCGCACAAUACCCAAAAUAAUGAUUUUGGUCAGAACUCAGGCCAGUUCGUUGGUCCAACUUCAAUUCACAAAAUAAAAUGUGAGGAGUAUUCUAGCUAUUUCAGAAAUUUUAAAGAUGUACCGAAAGAACAAAAUAGUCUUCCUUUCCAAUUAUUCAUUGUUGGUGGAGUAGGGUCUGAGGAGAAAGAAUUUCCACACAUGGCUGCAUUAGGAUAUGGAAAAGGAGAAGAAAAACAAUGGCUUUGUGGAGGAAGUUUGAUUAGUGAGAGGUUUGUACUAACAGCAGCACAUUGCUUGACUUCAAAACAAAUAGGAGAUGUUCAAAUAGUUCGUUUGGGUACAACAACUCUUCAAACGGAAACUUUGGAAUCUAUGGACUACGGAAUCUAUCGUAAGAUUCCUCAUCCACGCUACGUAGUUGGUCAACAGUACAACGAUAUUGCCUUGAUAGAAUUGUAUCAUCCGGUAAAAUUCACAGAAUUCAUACGGCCAAUUUGUCUGGAUGAUGAAAAUGGUUAUACUGGACGAAAGCUCAUAGCGACAGGUUGGGGUAGAAUCCAAGCAACUGGAUCUGUGAGCAAGGACCUUCAGAAGGUAGAUCUGGAUUAUUUCCCCCAUGACGAAUGCCAGCAAAAGUAUGCAAAGGUAUCGAAGCAGGAUUUACCGUAUGGCAUAGAUACUCAGACUCAGAUAUGUGCUGGUAGUGAGAGUGAAGCUAAGGAUUCUUGUCAGGGGGAUUCUGGUGGACCAUUACAAGAAAAAAGACUAGGACGGUACUAUCUACUGGGAAUCACUUCUUUUGGCAUUGGUUGCGGAACUCCUGGCAUACCGGGAGUGUACACAAAAGUUUCCUACUACAUACCGUGGAUAGAAAGUGUAGUUUGGCCAUUUUCGGGUUGAGUACCUUUAUGUACUUAUUACGUUAUUUAUUCUGUAUAAUGGUUUUAGAAAUGGUAUUUAAACUGUAUUUCUUACAUCAUCUGAAUUUAUAUUUGAAACAUUUGAUCAAGUUUAUACUUAGAAGUAGAUACAUCUACUUUACUAUCCAGAAUGACGAGAAAUAUGUAACUAAAACUAAGUCUAUGUCAUCUAGUUUUUACUCAUAGUUUAUAGUCAAUCGAUUAAUAUUAGCAAUAACCAACUUUCAAACCUCAACUAUCAUGGAGGCAGCAAAAACGUUAAUAAAGUCCUUUAUUCAAUCCUAGGAUUUAAUCACACAAACUUUGGAACCGUCCAUGGGUUCUACUGACAAAUUGACGUAGGACGAAAUUUGUAUCUACGCCAGCCAUUAUUGGCCGCAGUUUUGAAACAUGACUAUCAAAGAAUCAUAGUUUCUAAGUAUAGAGAUACCCAGCGGUUUUUGGACAAAACAUAAUGAGAAUGGGACCCAAUCGAUUUAUCUAAAAAUUCAGUAUGUAUGAUAUACUUCUGGUCUGAAGAAAAUCUCUCAUGGGACCAAAGCAAUCCUAUGAUUAGUUUCUAACAUAUAAUGGGGAGGGUGGAAGUUUGCCGAAUCAUCCUCAAGAAAACCAUUCAAAUGCAGGUUGUAUCAAAUCCAGGAAAUCCUUAUAAAUAAAAUAGCUGGUGCCCUCAUUAAUAGAUCCUCCAAAUCUCUCAUUAGCGCUUUAGCUGUUGGGAAUGUCGCAAGAGUCCAACGUUGAUCUAAGUUAGAUGAAAUAAUAGAAGAUAUCCACACAAGGAAUUUAAUCACGCUUUAGAAACCUAAUAGAGUAUCGACUAAGGAUCGACAAGUUUAUGAAAAUAACGAGAAUUUACCUGAUGAUUAUGCCAUAAUUAUUGGGCAUUACUGCAGAUGUAAAUGUGGCACCCAAACAUUAGACACACGUGGUUAUUUAUAUACUCUCCACGAGAUUGAAGUUCGUUAUCUUUCGAAAAAGUUGGCCGGAAGCAGGUAAAAAAAAAGAAUAGUCAAAUUGAUAGUAAAUAAAUUGCAGUACUCUAAAUCUAUGUUCACAUUAGUACGCUUUUAUUUUCUCUUCACAAUGUUCAUGACCUUGAAUUGGUCAUCACAGACAAGUAGGUAAACAACCACGACUUUUCCGUGCCCUUGUGACGCAAACUCUUGAGUGAAUUUUUUGAAUUCUCUAACAACUCGUGCCAGAUCCAUUUCAGUUUCAAUGUAUAAAAAUAAGAACUUGACCUUGUAAAAUCAAUAUGACACGCCCCAGAAACUAAUCAUAGGAUUCCUUUGGUCCCAUGCAAACUUUUGUUUAGGAACGCAAGAAAUACAUAUAUCAUACUCUAUUUUUAGACAAUCGACAGCGACACACUUUCCGUAUGUUUUGUGUGGGGUCCUUUUCUCAUAGGUAGGGUCAGCUUCAACAUUUUGUGCUCCCUGAGGCAAAAGACAAACUAUAUGCCCUCCUCCCACAUUGAUUGAGAAUUUUGCGUCUUCCAUAACACUGCGCCCUAAGACGACUGCCUCACUUGCGUUGCUCAUAGGAAACCUAAAAAUAUGAUAUAGGACUUUGUAGAACAAGUUUACCAUUCUGGACAUGGCAUCUGGGAACAAAAAAUUCUGAAGAAUCUUGGAAAGUCACGGGAAAACGAGAUUUUGUAGAGGGUUAGGGCUAUCAGGGAGGCCAGUUUUUGUAGAGAUCGCAGUUAUACGCAACAGUUUUUGAAAUGUUUCUAAUGAUAAAUCUAAAAAUAUAGGUAUUUUGAAUUCAAUUUCGGCCAGCCAUUUUGCUACAAGAUGAAGAAGCGUCAUGCAUUGAAUAAUUUGGUGUGCUAAAUUCGAAUAUAACUGCAAAAAAUUGAGUAAAGCUUCAUGGGGCCGAAUGUGAGGUAGAAAAUGGGUCGCUUGUGGCCCUAGCGUAAAACAUGUCCGAUUUGAAAGCUACGCACCCCGUUCACCAAAAAAUUCAGUUUUUUGAUAUGCGGCGGUUUAUAUGAAGUUUCUGACAGGAAACUAAAAAAUUAAUAUUUUAAUAUUAUAUAGGGCUUUCCGAAUGAACUUGUUACACUUAGGUGAUUUAGGACCUAAAUUCGAGUAUGACGAAAAAAAUCGUUGUCAUUCAGGCAUAUAAAAUGGGUCGCUUGGGUUUUCGUUUACAACGUUCUUUUUAUCAACAUGUUUGAUCAAGUUCAUUGCAAUUACGUGUCAUCUAAGUGUAAAAUCAAUAAAUUUUGUGUAUUUCA